AUCAAUAUGAAUACUUGGCCAUGAACACCCGCUUCUUUUGGCGAAUAAUGGUUUUCUAGGUGUGGUUCUUUGUGUCCUCGCAAUCAAAUAGUGAAUCUCGAUAGGCUUGCUGCGCCCAACUGUCUAUUUGGAACGGUACCUUACUGCGUAAACACAGCUGCCCCUCCUCCCGGCCAGGUUUCUCAAAGGCCUUCUUCGAUUGUUUUGUCCUCCCUCUAUAGAGCCCUUGAAUUACUUCUUUCUAUCGUUGGGCCUCUGGAAGGUCCAUGAAUUGCUUGCUUGACCUGCAACUAAUUACAUUACUAGCUUCGGCAAGUUUUCUAGGUAAAUUAAAUUGAACCAGCUGCAGGCUCCACUUAUUGUUUGACCAUGGCUUCUGUCGUCGUUCCCUUUCAUCGACCUAUCCACAAAACAUCCAGGCAAGCCUCAAGAGAUAUGCGGGACGAUAUCCUCCUUCACAUCGAUCAUUUUAUCGGAAUCGAUGUCGGGACAGGUAGCGCCCGCGCCUGUAUUAUAGACGCGAAGGGAAAGAUUGUUGGAUUGGCCUCUGAAAAUAUUGGCCUUUGGCAGCCCCAGAUUGGUUACUAUGAACAAUCUACAAGUGAUAUCUGGCGCUGCAUCUGUGUUGCAACUCAGCGCGCUAUCCGCCAGCAUAACAUUGACCCCGAAACUGUGCGCGGGAUCGGGUUUGACGCAACCUGUUCCUUGGCCGUCCUCUCUAAUGCAACCGACGAACCAGUAUCCGUGACGGGACCUAAUUUCGACAGUGACCGCAACGUUAUCCUUUGGCUUGAUCACAGGCCUAUUACAGAAACUGAAAAAAUCAACGCGACCAACCAUAGCCUACUGCGAUAUGUUGGGGGGAAGAUGUCCAUUGAGAUGGAGAUCCCGAAGGUCAUGUGGUUGAAAAAUAACAUGCCCAAGGAGCUCUUCGAUGGCUGCAAAUUUUACGAUUUGGCCGAUGCCUUGACGCACAUCGCCACUGGUAAUGAAAAGCGAAGCUACAGUAGUGUGGCUUGCAAACGGGGGUAUGUCCCCGUUGGCGUGGAUGGCACCGUGAAAGGCUGGCAAGAAGACUUUUUGACCCAAAUUGGUCUGCAUGACCUGAUAGAGGAUAAUUUCAAGCGUAUGGGUGGCGUCGACGAGGUUAAUGGAGACUAUCUUAGUGCGGGCGAGCUAGUUGGUACCUUGUGUGACAAAGCAGCUUCAGAAUUGGGGUUACCUGCUGGAAUAGCCAUCGGUGGCGGCGUUAUCGACGCCUAUGCUGGUUGGAUUGGCACUGUUGGCGCCAAAGUUGAGCUUGAGUCUCAACAACUGACCUCGGACGUUGCUAGAAAUGACAAAACACAAAUAUUCUCGCGCCUAGCGGCUGUUGCUGGAACUUCAACAUGCCAUCUUGCCAUGUCGCCCAAUCCUGUUUUUGUCCCGGGGGUUUGGGGUCCGUACAGUGACACCAUCAUUCCCGGAUACUGGAUGGUCGAGGGCGGACAGUCUGCUACCGGAGAGCUACUUAAACAUGUCAUUGAGACGCACCCGGCCUUUAACCAAGCGGUCUCAGCUGCAGAAUCCCACAACGCUAGCAUUUAUGAAUAUCUCAAUGAACAUCUAAGGGAGAUGAAGAAUGAACAAAAUGCACCGAGCAUCUCUUACCUCGCGCGCCAUUUCUUCUUCUACGGUGAUCUAUGGGGAAACCGCUCCCCGAUUGCCGAUUCCAGAAUGGUAGGCUCCGUUAUUGGCCUCUCUAGGGACCAAUCAGUGGAAAACCUCACCAUAUACUACUAUGCCACUCUAGAAUUCAUCGCGUUGCAGACCAGGCAGAUUGUCGAGACAUUGAAUAAAUCGGGCCACAGCAUCACUUCUAUCUUUAUGUCAGGAUCUCAAUGUCAAAAUGAUAUUCUUGUUAAACUCAUUGCAUCGGCAUGCAGUAUGCCUGUUCUAAUUCCACGGUAUAUCCAUGCUGCUGUCUGCCACGGUGCAGCAAUGCUCGGAGCCAAGGCGGCCAGUGCCGACCCCGAAGGCAGAACAGAGGAAUUAUGGAAUAUCAUGGAUCGAAUGAGUAAGCCAGGAAGAAAGGUCAUACCAACUGAUGACGCGAACGAAAAGGCCCUACUCGAGGUUAAGUAUAAGGUCUUCCUCGAGCAGUGCCACAAGCAACAAGCAUAUCGAGCCCUUGUCGAUAAAGCCGUAAGUUCGUGGGGAACUGUUUAGGAUUUAACGCACAGUAAUGCAUUUCGUUCAGUUGCCCUAGAUGUUAGAUGAUUUGGGGGGGGGGGAUUCUGGUUUCGUUAUGUCUGUGGACAUGGCCUCAAAAUACAUUUUUCUCGAGAUGCUAUUAAUACAAAAGCCCUUUCUACACGGAUUAUAGGCGCUUUAUAUGUUCGAAGUAACAAGCGCAAAAAAGAAGAAGAAGAAGAAGCAAAAAAAAAGGCGGGAGGGUUUAUAUUCGAUUAACUAGGUAGGACGCGUGAAGAAACAUAAAUAUCCAUAGUUAGCGUAAAG